UCUCCUGCUGAAGUGCAUGGCUCUCACACUCAUCACUCCCUAUAAAAGAUAAGCAGCUAUUUUUAGUUAUGGAACCCACAACAAUAAGAGAGGGAUACUUAGUGAAAAAGGUCUCUAGAUGAUACAUGCAAAACUGAAUGCGGAUCGGACAAACGGUCUCAGAGGAGUUAGAAACAGGUACAGUGCUGAACUCAUGGAAGGUGGUAUGGGUGGUGUUAGCAGAUGAUGCUAUUGAAUAUUACAAGAAGAAGACAGACAGCAGUCCAAAGGGAAUGAUCCCUAUGUCGGGAGCAGCUGUAACCAGCCCGUGCCAGGAUUUCAAUAAAAGAAUGUUAGUGUUUAAGGUCAGCACAGCUAAGAAACAGGACCAUUUCUUUCAAGCGACCCAUCUUGAGGAAAGAGAGCUUUGGGUGAAAGAUCUCAAGAGGGCAAUCACAUGUAUAGAGGGGGGAAAGAAGUUUGCCAGGAAGUCAACACGACGAUCUAUUCGAUUACCGGAAAAUGUUAACCUCAGUGAGCUGUAUAUUUUAAUGAAAGAUCAAGACACAGGGGUCAAAGAGCUGAAGCUAGAGAAGGAAAAAAGACUGUUUAAUCACUGUUUCACAGGAAACAUAGUGGUCGACUGGUUGAUAUCUCAGGGAAAGGCCAGAAACAGAGCUGAGGGGUUGAUGCUGGCCACUGGACUGCUCAAUGAGGGCUUCUUGCUGCCUGCUGGAGAGCUAUCCAAAGAUGGGGCAGAAAAAGGAGCAGAAUGUGUUUUCUUGGACCAGAUAGAUGCUCUUUAUUAUUUUGCAGAUAGUGGUUUCUUUUGUGAGGGUUACUCCAGUGAUGAGGAUGCAAUUGUGAAGGAGGAGUUUAGAGGUGCAAUAGUCAAACAGGGCUGUUUGCUGAAGCAGGGCCACCGGAGAAAGAACUGGAAAGUCAGGAAGUUUAUCCUCAGAGAUGAUCCUGCUUAUAUCCAUUACUAUGAUCCCACCAAGGGUGAGGAAGAGCCGCUUGGUUCCAUUCACCUGCGUGGAUCAGUUGUGACUGCAGUUGAAUAUGUGCCUGAAGCCAAGAGAUACGAGGUUGAUGGGAAUCUCUUUGAAAUCAUCACUUCAGAUGAGAUACACUACUACCUGCAGGCAGCUUCAGCCAAUGAGCGCACAGACUGGAUCAGAGCCAUCCAAAGUGUGGCAAAGUCUGGCAAAUAAUCUGAUAAGAAUUAGGCAGUGGCCCUGACCCAUCCUGUCAUUUGAAGCGCAAUAAAUAAAUAAAUAAAGUCAUGCUGUUCUUA